UCUCUCCUUUCAGCUCUUAAGUUUAAAAGCAUAGCCAUUACUGAACCCCUGUUGGUUGACUAUUCAACAUGAGCCUGAUAUGAUGCGCCCAGCAAGUAUUCUCUUCUGCAUCAAUCAAGAGGACAUUCACACUGUUCAGAUUCCAAAUUUGAUGUGCAUCGAUUUCGGUUAUAAGGUGACAGUCAAGUCAUGAGAUCCUCCUCUUCCCGUCCGUCAAAUUUCUCAUCUAAAGAUUCUUUAUGGAAUCCGAGUCGGAUGCCUGAUCAAAUAUCGGUGUCCGAGUUUCUCUCGGAGACAACCGAGGACUACAAUUCUCCGACCACAUCCAGCUUCACGACCCGUUUGCAGAGCUGUAGGAACACAGUCAACAUUCUGGAAGAGGCUUUGGAUCAGGACAGGACUGCGCUGCAGAAGGUGAAGAAAUCGGUCAAGGCGAUCUACAGCUCAGGCCAAGACCAUGUCCAGAAUGAGGAGAACUAUGCCCAGGCUCUGGAUAAGUUUGGCAGCAACUUCAUCAGCCAAGAAAACCCUGACCUGGGAACAGCUUUCGUCAAGUUCUCCACCCUGACCAAGGAGCUGUCAACCCUGCUCAAGAACCUGCUCCAGCUCCAGAACCAUAAUGUGAUCUUCACCCUGGACUCUCUGCUGAAGGGGGACCUGAAAGGCGUGAAAGGAGAUAUCAAGAAGCCCUUUGACAAAGCCUGGAAGGAUUAUGAAGCUAAAUUUACAAAGAUCGAGAAGGAGAAGAGGGAGCAUGCCAAGCAGCACGGGAUGAUUCGUACAGAGAUAACAGGCGCUGAGAUUGCUGAGGAGAUGGAGAAGGAACGCCGUCUCUUCCAACUCCAGAUGUGUGAGUACCUGAUCAAAGUCAACGAGAUCAAGACCAAGAAGGGAGUGGACCUUCUCCAGAACCUCAUCAAGUAUUACCACGCACAAUGCAACUUCUUCCAAGAUGGCUUGAAGACGGCGGAUAAGCUGAAGCAGUACAUUGAGAAGCUGGCUGCUGACCUCUACAAUAUAAAGCAGACCCAGGACGAGGAGAAGAAACAGCUGACGGCUCUCAGAGACUUGAUCAAGUCAUCCCUUCAGCUGGACCAGAAGGAGGACUCCCAGAGUAAGCAGGGUGGCUAUAGUAUGCACCAGCUGCAGGGCAAUAAAGAGUUUGGCUGUGAGAAGAAAGGCUACCUGAUGAAGAAGAGUGAUGGGCUGAGGAAGGUGUGGCAGAGGAGGAAGUGUUCAGUGAAGGGUGGCAUGCUCACCAUCGCUCAUGCUACGUCCAACAGGCAGCCUGUGAAACUCAACCUGCUCACCUGCCAGGUCAAGCCCUGUGCUGAGGACAGGAAGUGCUUCGACCUCAUUUCCCAUAACCGGACCUAUCACUUCCAGGCUGAGGAUGAACAGGAGUUUGUCAUCUGGAUCUCUGUGCUAUCCAACAGUAAGGAGGAAGCUCUGAACAUGGCGUUCCGUGGAGAAGAGGACGGAGUAGGAGGAGAGGAUGGCCUGGAGGACCUGACCAAAGCCAUCAUAGAGGAGGUGCUGCGCAUGCCUGGCAAUGAAGUCUGCUGUGAUUGUGGCGCUGCAGAUCCAAAAUGGCUGUCCACUAACCUGGGCAUCCUGACCUGCAUCGAGUGCUCUGGAAUCCACCGGGAGAUGGGAGUUCACAUCUCACGCAUCCAAUCCAUGGAGCUAGAUAAGCUAGGCACCUCUGAACUCUUGCUGGCUAAGAACGUAGGGAACAGUAGUUUCAAUGAAAUAAUGGAGGAGAACCUUCCUGGUCCCUCACCCAAACCCACACCUUCAAGUGACAUGACAGUGAGGAAGGAGUUCAUCAAUGCUAAAUAUGUGGACCACAAGUUUGCACGGAAGACCUGUACCUCCUCGGCAGCUAAGACCAUCGAGCUGUGUGAGGCGGUCAAGUCCAGGGACCUGCUGUCUCUCAUCCAGGUGUACGCUGAGGGGGUGGAGCUAAUGGAGCCACUGCCCGAGGGUGGACAAGAGGCCGGAGAGACUGCGCUCCACUACUCUGUGCGCACCGCCGACCAGACUUCACUACACCUUGUGGACUUCCUCGUACAAAACAGUGGGAACCUGGACAAGCAGACAGAGUGGGGAAACACUGCCCUGCACUACUGCUGCAUGUACGAGAAACACGAAUGCCUCAAACUACUGCUGAGGGGCAAACCAGCCACUGACAUCACCAAUCAGAAUGGUGAGACGGCGCUGGAUAUUGCCAGGCGUAUGAAGAACAGUCAGUGUGAGGAGGCACUGGUGCAGGCGGCAGCGGGGAAGUAUUACCCACAUGUCCACGUGGAGUAUGAGUGGAGCCUGAGGCUGGAGGAGCUGGACGAGAGCGAUGAUGAUCUCGAUGACAAGCCUAGUCCCAUAAAGAAGGACCGUUCCCCGCGGCCCCAGAGUUUCUGCCACUCGUCCAGCCUGUCUCCCCAUGACAAGCUGUCUCUGCCGGGCUUCAUCAGCCACCGGGACAAACAGCAGCGCAUGUCUUACAGCGCCUUCACCAACCAGAUGUACUCCGCCUCCACCGACCUCACUUCCUCUUCCCCCGUGGCAGAUGCCCCCCCUCUACCCCCUAGGAACCAGGGCAAAGCUCCUCCCUCCACCCUCACCCCCGGAGGCAGCUCCACCCUGUCCAAGAAGAGGCCUCCGCCCCCUCCCCCCGGGCACAAACGCACCCUGUCUGACCCACCCAGCCCGCUUUCCCACAGUAGAGGGGGCAUUUACGUGGGAAGUGACUCCAUCCCUCCACCUGCGAACAAGAUGUCACCGUUAUCCAACAAGUUUGAGGGCAUUCCACAGCAGCAAAGCACUACUUCUAGCAACACAAAGUCUACACUUGGUCCAAGGGUUCUACCCAAACUACCUCAGAAAGUGGCACUGCGUAAAAUCGACACCAUACACCCAUCUAUGGACAAACCCGGUCUGCCUCCGGAGGUGCUCCAGAAAUCCCCUCCAGGACCUGAAUGCCUAACAAAAGCCAUUCUACCCGACAAGCCCCAACUAGGGGACCUCCCCCCCAAACCCCAGCCCUCUGAGCUGCCCCCUAAACCUGGAGAACUGCCACCCAAGCCCCAGCUCUCCGACCUCCCCCCCAAACCGCAGCUAGGGGACCUACCACCUAAACCCCUGCUCAAAGACCUACCCCCCAAACCUCAGCUCUCCCAAGAUGGCCAUCCGAAACCGGGGGUAGCAGAUCUGCCCAGUCCUAGACCACCCCCUGGAGAGCCUGCGCCGAAGCCCCAUCCCCCGGAGUCAGCGGCGGCCAAUCAGCAGGCAGAGACUGAGAGUCCAUCCUCCCAGGGCAGCGAGGACACCAAUGGGAGCCCGGCGUGUGCUCCAGACACACCAGUGCCCUUGCCCAGGAAGAAUACGGGGAAGACCAAAUCUCGGCGGGUAAAGACCAUCUAUGACUGCCAGGCCGACAAUGAUGACGAGCUGACAUUUGUGGAGGGAGAGGUGAUCAUAGUGACGGGAGAGGAGGACGGGGAGUGGUGGAUCGGCCACAUUGAAGGGCACCCGGAGAGGAAAGGUGUGUUCCCAAUGUCCUUUGUCCACAUCCUGAGUGACUGACAGCCAGACGAGGCUUGCACUAACCCCGCCGCCCUAACCCCUAGAAGUACCCCUGUACUGUAAAUAGCUACUGUAACAACCUGACGUGAAACCAGUGUUCUAAAGAGAAAAAAAAAUGCAAUGAAGAAACCCAAGUAGGCUCAACUAGCCACUGGAUGCUGAGCACAUCCAUUUUGUAAAUACAAAUGUGUGUAUUUUUCCUCUUACCAGUAUUAUCUUAAUCUUAGAGCACGACCUAUGGCUGCCGUAGCCACUCUUACCCUAAAGUGUAUGUUUAUGCUGUUACUGUGUAUAUAUGUAUGUAAAUAUAUUUGUGUGUGUGUGUGUAUAUACAUGUACAAGCAUACAUGCGUUCUCUGCUUGCCAGAUAAUAACCAAGUAUCAGGGCAGCCGUGUUUGCAUUUUAUCUGUAAUCAUUUUACUAGUCAUCCCUGAUAUCAUUGCUUGCAUUUCUGGAGAAGGCCAAAUAUGAAGGAAUAGGAAAGAGAUCAUGUCACUAGUCUCUCACCGUUUCCUCAUCCUACACCACAUUAGACUGGAGAUUCUCAUGUCUCCAACUGAAACCUACCAUGAAAACUCAGCUGAGGAUUAAAGAUGUAUUCAUUCAAUGUAUCCCUUGUUCUUGCUCGCUUUGUGUGUACAUGUAUUCGGAUAGUUUUACAGUAUUGACACUUGCUGCUACUUUAUGGUGGGAUAUCAGAAACCCCCUGUGGAACCGCACAGGUCACCAGUAGUAGACUUAACACCGUUUCACUCUGUCAAGUUAUCUUCACGCUGUACUAUGUGGAAUUGAGCAGAGUGCUAUUUAAAAUGCCACUCAAAUCAGGGUUUGAAGAACCACUUCUGAAAGCCACUAACACUCACAAGUACAUAUGGGAAGGUUAAUGUCAGUAAGCAAGAAUGUGAAAAUUCUGAUGGCCUGGAGAGAUUUGAACUAAUGUCCAAUGACAUUUCAAACUUAAUGUGGCGUCAAUGAUUUCCAGACGAGAGCUCCACUGUUAAGGAUACAAACUAGUUUGUGGAUAUUUAUUAAAUCCAGCGAGGCAGUCAAGCAGAAAUAGUUUGCCUGUCACAGGGUUUUCCUCAGAACGCUGGGUACUUUUUUGGAUGACAGGAAAUUGCAAAUAGUGAACAGGAUAUGUACCCUUCACUCCCCAUUUACUUCAUCUCCUCUGGUUUCAACCCAUGUAAAGGAAUAUCAACCCCAAUCAUUCCAUUGUACUAAUAAAAGUGUUGUAAUGGAUGACGUCUUUGCCUUUAUUAUACUGAAAAAUAAACGCACCAUGUAAAGUGUUGGUCCCAUGUUCCAUGAGCUGAAAUUAAAGAUUCCGUUAAUGUUC